AUGGCGUCUGCCCUGAACAAACGCCAGCAGGCGCGUAACGAGCGCACAUUACAGGAACUCAUCAAGUCUGUUCCUGGAAAUGGAAACUGCGCAGACUGCGGCGCGCGCAAUCCAGGAUGGGCAAGCUGGAGCCUGGGCAUCUUCCUGUGCAUGCGAUGCGCAGCCUUGCAUCGCAAGCUGGGCACGCACAUCUCCAAAGUCAAGUCGUUGAGCAUGGACAAGUGGGACAACGCCCAAGUUGAUAACAUGAAGCGCAUCGGCAAUGUCGAGUCUAACAAGACAUACAACCCCCGUAACGUCAAGCCGCAAAUACCCAUCGACAUCGACGAGGUAGACAGUGCUAUGGAACGCUACAUCAGGGCAAAGUACGAGCAGAGAAUAUACCUCAACGAUUCACGGCCAGGCACACGACAAAACACGGGUAGCACGAGCUCAGAAGACCGACCGCCGCCAUUACCACCGAAGCCAAGUGGUCGCUUUGGAUUCGGGCUGCGUAAAGCCGCAACUUCGCCGCGCAACAUAACACCUCCCAUCUCCCCAGGCCUGGAAGAAUUCCGACAAGAUUUGUCCCCGCCCCGAGUAAACAAGCCUUCCCGCGUGUUUGGCUCAAAUGUACAUACAUCCGGCGACGGCAUGGACUCCAAAUUAGCCACACUUCGGGACAUGGGCUUUCCAGACGAAAAGCGCAACUCCACUGUAUUAAAGGGUCUAAAUGGGAACCUCGAUCGAGCAGUCGAGGCUCUGAUCCGACUGGGCGAACAAAAUCCUGUCAAAUCAAGAAGUACCACACCAACUCCGCCUACGAAGCCCGUGGCCAACGGCCUAUCUUUCGACAAUGCACCCGCCGCCUCAUCGUCCACAAAUCCCUUUGAUGCUCUAGACGCACAAGCGCAAGCUCCUCAACAGCAGGCAUUCUAUGGAGGCGCUCAAGGACAGCAGUCAUAUCCUUCAAAUUCCUACAAUCCAUUCUUAUCGCAGGCAUCCCAAGGUUACACCCAGCAGCAGGUCCCCCAGCAGCAGCAGCAGCAGCAACAACGACAGCAAAGCGUUGGAUACAUGCCAAAUCCCUGGGAACAGCAGCAACAGCAGCAAAGUCUCGAGCAAUCUUUCCAAGGUAUGCAAGUCUCGAGCUUACAGCCUCAACAACAACCCCUGUUUCCAAACCGAACUGGCGGUUAUGGACAAUCACAAACCUCGUACGCUCAAACGAACCCAUAUCUCCAACCUUUCGCGCAACCCUCUAUGCCACAGGUACCUGAGCAGUACAACUCCUUCAUGGCACCACAGCAACCGCAGUACCAGUCCAUGUCAAGCCCUUCAAGUCCAGGAAACCCCUUUCUAAAGUCGUCUCAAAGCCAAAUAUUCACACCGACCAAUAUCGCAAACUCGAAUCCUUUCGGACAAUCGCCCUUCCAGCAGCAGGCAGCACAGCCACAGACAGUUGCACCUCAGCAGCAAAUGCCUAACCCAUGGUCGCAACAGCAACAGCAACAGCAGCUACAACAACAACAAAGUCAAGUUUUGACUCAGCCAGCAAACCCUUGGCAAAGCCAAUCUGGUUACCAAGCCCAGACCCCUGUUCAAAAUUACCAGAACCAGCAGCAAAGCUUCCAGAAUCAACAACAGUUGUACCAGCAACAAAGUUCCAACCCAUUUGAUAAGAACGCUUCGAUUCUCUCCUUGUACAACCAACCACAAGCGACAUCUCAGCAGCCAGCACAGCAACAAGUUCAACCAACAGGUGCACAGGCUCCGGUGCCAGCUGCACCAGUCACGCAAGCACCCGGCCAGUCAAACCCAUUUGCUAGCAUGUCUGCUGCGCCCCAAGGCCAAGCUUUGUCUGCUGCACAGACACCGGGCGUGAGACAUGUUAGCAACGAGAGUGUGGAUUUUGCUGGACUAAUGGGUGGACGCCAUUCGCCUGAUGCCUUUUCUGGACUGAGCUCUAGCUUCCGACGUUGA